UUGCUCAUAUCAGUGUUAUUUUGUAGUGCAUCAUGUGUGACAAGAGAAAUCUUGAUAAAAUCUCAUCAAACGGGAGUCAGUGGCCCAACACAUCUAGCAGGGCUCACUGACCGUCUGCCGUCAUGGUAAUGACCGAGAAUCCCUCGGAAAAACAAACGCUGAAAUAAAUGAGAUGGGAGCAGUUUUGCCCCUGUGUGUUCUUUAUUUCUGCCCCGGUGACCUGUCCUCCAGUGAGAGGGAUCGAUAACCCCAGAAGGUGGUGGCCUUUUGGGGGGCUCCGCUUGACAGUUGCCUGUUUCUCUCGCGAUAUCUGCUGCGUCUAAUCGGAGCCGUUCGGGAUGACGGAGGAACGGCGAUGAGGGAGAAAGAUGUGAGUCGAUCGCUACGUUGCCAGCUUGCUGAAAUCCGGGGGGAAGGGAAGCCGUCCACACUCGCAACACUGACCGUGUAGUGUGUGCGGCGUCGCGGAAGAGGAGCUUUAUUCGCGUUAAGGCAGCGAAUGUGGUGAGAGUCGGAGGGGGGCUGUCGCUGCGGGGCUUUGGAGAGGGGAAACAACAUGGCGGCGGUAGAGCUGGAGUGGAUCCCGGAGACGCUGUACAACACCGCUAUCUCGGCCGUGGUGGACAACUACAGCAGGGCGAGGAGGGACAUUCGCUCGCUGCCGGAGAACAUACAGUUCGACGUCUACUACAAGCUUUACCAGCAGGGCCGUCUCUGCCAGCUGGGAGGAGAGUUCUGUGAGCUGGAGGUCUUUGCUAAAGUCCUACGCGCCUCAGACAAAAGACACCUCCUGCACCACUGCUUCCAGGCCCUGAUGGAUCAUGGGGUGAAAGUGGCUUCAGUUUUGGCCAACUCCUUCAGCCGGCGUUGCUCCUACAUUUCAGAAUCUGAUGCCCAUGUCAAAGAGAAGGCCAUCCAGUUUGGCUUUGUGCUAGGUGGCUUCCUGUCUGAUGCGGGCUGGUAUGGAGAUGCAGAAAAGGUGUUUCUGUCAUGCCUGCAGCUCUGCACUCUCCACAAUGAGGUCCUGCAUUGGUAUCGUGCUGUCGAAUGCUGUGUCAGGCUGCUCCAUGUCCGCAAUGGCAACUGUAAAUACCACCUGGGGGAGGAGACCUUCAAGCUGGCCCAGUCCUACAUGGAUAAACUAGCCAAACAUGGUCACCAGGCCAACAAGGCAGCACUGUAUGGCGAGCUUUGUGCCUUGCUCUUUGCCAAAAGCCAUUAUGAUGAGGCAUAUAGAUGGUGCAUAGAGGCUAUGAAAGAAAUUACACCAGGGCUACCUGUUAAAGUAGUGGUGGAUGUCCUCCGACAAGCCUCCAAGGCUUGUGUGGUAAAGAGGGAGUUCCGAAAAGCAGAACAGCUGAUCAAACACGCAGUAUUUCUAGCAAGAGAACAUUUUGGACACAAGCAUCCGAAAUACUCUGACACACUGCUAGAUUAUGGGUUUUACUUACUAAAUGUAGACAACAUAUGCCAGUCAGUUGCCAUUUACCAGACUGCCCUGGAUAUCCGACAGUCUGUAUUUGGGGGGAAGAACAUCCAUGUUGCCACUGCUCAUGAAGAUCUGGCAUAUUCCUCCUAUGUGCAUCAGUACAGCUCUGGGAAAUUUGACAAUGCUCUAUUUCACGCAGAACGUGCCAUAGACAUCAUAACUCACAUUCUCCCUGAGGACCAUCUGCUGCUGGCCUCCUCCAAGAGGGUCAAAGCCCUGAUCCUGGAGGAAAUAGCGAUUGACUGCCACAAUAAGGAGACAGAGGAGCGCCUCCUGCAGGAGGCACACGACCUCCACUUAUCCUCACUGCAGUUGGCAAAAAAAGCCUUUGGCGAAUUCAAUGUACAGACAGCCAAGCACUAUGGCAAUCUUGGACGUCUCUACCAGUCCAUGAGGAAGUUCAAGGAAGCAGAGGAGAUGCACAUCAAGGCCAUCCAAAUCAAGGAGCAACUUCUUGGCCAGGAGGACUACGAGGUGGCUUUGUCUGUGGGGCACCUGGCCUCCCUCUACAACUAUGACAUGAAUCAGUACGAAGAUGCAGAGAGACUGUACCUACGGUCCAUUGCUAUCGGGAAGAAGUUGUUUGGAGAUGGUUACAGCGGCUUGGAAUACGAUUAUAGGGGCCUGAUCAAACUGUACAAUUCCGUUGGCAACUAUGAGAAAGUGUUUGAGUACCACAAUGUACUGUCCAACUGGAAUCGACUGAGAGACCGACAGUUUGCUGUGGCCGAUGCUCUAGAGGACGUCAACACCACUCCUCAGCAAACACAGGAAGUGGUACAGGCCUUCCUAUUGGCCCAGAGUAUGGGCCCCACACGGCCUUGCCUUGGCUGACUUAUUGGGCAUAGUUGAAGAGCUGUGUGAACUUCAGUUUGGGCAGUGAGGGGAAGGACAUAAUAUAAGCCUACAGAUGGUGCUGAAGAGGCCAUGCAUUUUAUUAGCUCUACACAGUAAUUUUACAUGUCACAGGCAAGUCAUUUUGCUACUGCAUAUAUAUCCUCUAGUCAGUACCGCUGCCAGCACGCUCAUCAGGUGGGUUUCCAUUAACCUGCUUAAUGCACAGUUUGACAUUGCGAAAUAAAAAACGAGUAAUGGAAACAAAUGAAUUUUAAAAAAAACUAAAAUAUCGCCAAAAAAGUUUAUACGCUCGCAUAAGGUGGUUUUUCAGAGGAUUUGACAAAGCAAUAUUUCACAAAACUGAAAUGGAAACACACUUUUCACAUUUAAGUUAAGGUAGCCACACCUAAAGUGGGUCUUCCCCUUGUUCCGAUGGCCCAUUAUUCCGAAACCCUAAUAGUCUAAAAAAAUGCCUCACUGGACCGAAAGCCCAUUUGUCUGACCGCCCUUUAUCCCAAAAAGUAAAGCCCCCAGCUUCGAAAGUACACACUCUGCAAUUUUUUUGCCGCAUGAAUAGGAGAUGUAGCAUUAUAAGCACAUGUGAGAAUGUCAUCGCUACUUUAGCAGAAAUAACAACUUUCUGUUAUUCAUCUCUGACCAGUGCAGAUCAGUGUUUGGCAGCAGAGAGUGGGAUUUUUGGGAAAAUGGGCUGUCGGACAAAUGGCUUUUCGGUCCAAUGGGACAUUUUUCGGACUAUUGGAUCUUGGGAAUAGUGGGCUGUCAGAUAUGGCGUGACACCUUAUAGAGAGCGAUGGGCAUGUGCUUCUUGGUUGUAACUGGCUCCCUUGGGCACAAUACGGCAGUCUCCACGAGGGGUCCCACUGUGUUGCAUCCCUCAUCAAAUGUGAAGCGUUUCAUUCUGAAGUUUUGGAUCCAUGGGAUCUCUGUAAAAUCAUUGGACGAUGACCUCCCUGAAUCCCUGAUACCUGGCAGCAGCCAGGUAUCAGGGAUUUGCCUCUUCGUCAUUGCGUGCAUCGCAUACCCUCAUCGCCUUCGAUUAAACAUUACCACGGCUACUGCGGUGCAUGCAGUCGAAAUCCCCGUGCCAACACGUACCAGGUCAUGGAGACUGUCGCGAGAGGAGAAAGCCCAGCUUUAAUCACACAACAUUACUCAUAUGGAAACACACACCAGUCACAAUUGUGUUUUGUUGACUUUUUAAAAAGAAAAAAAAAGUCACUUCUAUUUUGUGCAAAACUGCAGUGGAAACCCGCACACAGGCGUCCGUACCUAUGGAUUAACGUACCGGAGGAGACACCGCCAUCAGAAGUCUUGUGAUGAGCUCCUCGACAAGAUGCAUCACUGGCUUCCUUCCACAGUUCUUUUCUCAGAGAAAAGACCAUCACUGAGACUGAAAGUAAAAGAAAUCAAACAAAAAAAAAAACUGAGCUGUGAGAAUGUCUCUUACAUCCUUUCACUUUGUCGCCUUUUUCUUUCAGUUUGGAUUUGGAUAAGUUUGUUUGUUAGCUCUAAAUGCCACGAGACUCGACACGGACAAACCGUGUUUGCCAUGGCAUAAUACCUACUGACUCAACAAUACCUGGAUGGACCGCACGAGACAGCAGACACGUCCUGAGGAUUGUUUUCCCCCUGCGACGUCACCGUUGGCGGUGGAGGAGAGAAGGGGAAUGUGAUGUUCUUUGUCGGUUGUACAGUAAAACACUAGAGGUCUCAUGCGAGUUGUUAAACAUUAGAAACACUGAAGUUUCACCUGAAGGACAAACCUUUGGUUUACUCCCGGCGGAAAUGGAGGUCUGUCAACACGGGUCGCUGGAUUCUACAGACAAGAACCUCAAGGGGACUGUUAUUCACUUCCUGUUGGAAGCCGUCAUGGGUUCAGAGAGCAUGUGUUGUACCAGAGCGUACAGAGGGGGCUGCAAAAAUGAGGGCACGCAUGGUCAAGAGGUCUUUUUUACAAGUGAUGCCUAAGUGAACAGGAGCCAUCCUGACCUCCAGGUGGUACAGAGUUAAACAUGACACAUUUUUCACAUUUCAAAGCAAGGUUUCUUUUUAUUUUAAUUUUUUCCGUUUCAAAAGAAUAAAAGGAAAAGGACCCUGUGUGCAAAGGUUUGUGAGCUUUGUCAGUUGGGACUUUGUGACUCCUCCUCAGGCAGCUACAACAGCUUGCAAAUGCCUCCUGUAGCCAGCUCAGGGUCUUUCAAUUCCUGAUUUUGUACCCCCCCCGCCCGCCCCGUUCUCUUCAGCUUCCACGUCUGGACUGACCUUCCAACACCAGUCUCUAUGAUUUCUUGAUAUUUGGUGGAAUCCAUUCUUCCUUCCACCCAGCUGCUACACAGCCCCAGAGCAUGAUGGAUGCACCGCCAUGCUUCACAGCUGGCCAGGUGUUCUUCUGCACAGAUGCUCCACCCUCUUUUCUCCAAACAUUCCUUCGUUGGGUGUAACUACAAAGUUCCAUGUUGGUUUGGUCAGUCCAAAGCACGUUGUUCCAAGAAGCUUCAGGCUUCUCGGGGUUUGUUAUCAAAUGAUAUUCGCUUGACUCGCUGAAGCCCUACCGAAUAAAUCGCCUGGGUCUGGGCCUUGGUCGUCAUCUUUUAAAAAGUAACACAUAAUAAUAGUAAUGAUAACAAUAAUGGCCCUGUGGCGGCCUGUCCAGGGUGUCUCCCCGGCUGCCGCCCAGGGACUGCUGGGAUAGGCUCCGGCAUCCCGCGCCCCUGACAGCAGGAUAAGAGGGGUGGAUAAUGGAGGGAUGGAUGGAACAACGAAUGAUCCAGAAAGGUUCCCACACUUUUGCACAGGGCCCUUUUCAUGUUUUAUCAUUUAAAAACAGUAAAGAAAGAAAAGGCAAACGUGCUGAACAGUGCAGAAAGGCCUCAUGUGUAACUUCGUACCGUUCAGAGUACAGGUUUGCCUUCGACCGCUUGGCGAUGACUCGUAACACUUUUAAACCAGGGGUGCCCACAUUUCUGCACCCCACCGUGUUGUUACACACGUGUAAGCUUCAGAGCUUUUGUUUUAACGUUUUCCUUCCGUUUUCCAGAAAAACACUGACGCAGCAACGUUGAAAAUGCCAAUAAUUUAUAUGCAUAUACGUGUGUGAUGUUUGCUUUCAUAUUGGUCGAGCCAAAACUGAAGUAAAAGAGUUGGAGCACGAUGUUUUAAAACAAGGGACAUGGUGGAGAGUGAAGAGGAUAAGGCUGUGUGUAGCAGGGGUUGUGUAGCAGGGGUUUGAUAAGGCUUUUGGCCUUUUUUCUUUACCAUUUACCUGUAAGAGUGUGUGUGUGUGUGUGUGUGUGUGUGUGUGUGUGUGUGUGUGUGUGUGUGUGUGUGUGUGUGUGUGUGUGUGUGUGUGUGUGUGUGUGUGCACAGAUUAGACCCUGGAUGUGUAAUGACAUCAUUGAUGACUACCAGCCUUACAGCAGCUUGCAAUCGUCUGUCUGUCAGCGGACCCAUAUUUCUAAGUGCUUGACCAUCCUAACCUACAGGGCACUGCAUUUGGGACCAAGUGUGUGUGUGUGUGUGUGUGUGUGUGUGUGUGUGUCUGUGGACAGCCCACCUCCCUGUGCAUAAGGCCUAUUCUCUCCACUCUUCCCCUGUCAGAGACUUCAUUCUGCAGCGUUCUAAAAAAUGCGAUGCCUUUCAAAAGUACCCCUUUUAUUCUUUUUCAUAUAAAAGAUAGAAAAAAAAUGCCUUGCUCUUGGUUUAGUAUUUUAAGGGAAUCUUACCUGCGGUCCCUGUUGCCCGUUGCUGUCGGAUGUCUUUUUGAUCAUGUGUAUUUGUGUGUGGCCGCCAGCUGCCCUGAGCCCUCUCGCUGAGGAAGUCCCUGCCUUUGCUCUCCAAGGAUGCCCAGCUUAUAAGCGCUGCUUUGGCCUCAACAAGCACGACGCCCCUGCUGAGCCCUCACACUUCUCCUCCUCUUGCACCCGGCUCACCGAGACACCCAGCCUGAUGACAAUGCUCCACCCACCGUCUGCUUCUGCUGCCAGCACCGACCCGUUUCGCUGCCGGAGCGGGCCUGCCAAGGACCUUGUGGCGAUGCUUCCAAGGCCUCCCCAAAAAAACUGACGGCUCCACUGAGCUCUGUGCAGGAAGACAGCUGGAUCCUGAUCCUGAGCAGCGGUGGAUAUGAAUGUUCUCUUCACAUUUUUAUACCGAGGACUACGUGACCUCCCCACAAGGUGCUUUAUUUAGACUGGGGCGUACAACCGUUUGUAGAGCAGGGACUCAGACACACAUUUACAUGAAUAUUCUCGUCCUAAGAAGUACAGAAGAGCUGAGGUCUCAUUUGGGGAGCACUCUUCACAGUCCGUUAAGGAAUCCUAAACCCCAGCAAGUGAAUGAGUGACUCCAGGAUUGUAAGAAUGGAAAGUGGCCUUUGCUUUUAUUGUUUUGAUUGUCCCUGAAGAUGCAAAUGGGAGGGGAGGUUGACCAGUUGCUAGGUCUCAAUGUGUGUGUGGUACGAGGGAUGUUCCACCCUGACGCCGCUCGUCAGAGUCUUAUGAAACGUGGCAGUGGGAGGUAUCUCGCCACUGGAUUUGGGUGUUUUCGUGGUCGCACCGAUCCGUUGUCGCUCGUUUGUCCAUGUGUCAUGAACAGCUUGUCAGGCAACGCUGACCGGAUUUUGUUGGGACUUGAGGGGAAUGAUGUACCUCCACAUUAUAUUUGCAUAAUUUGGGGGACGCCACGUUUUUUUUCUCCCAUUUAUCCACUGCACAUCAUCUCAUUAGAGUUGAGGACACAGAGGAACGAUGCAGCUCGUCACUACGUCCUGGCAUCUUCGACAUUAAGCCGGCCACCUAACGGGUUUGUUGGAUGCUACUUGUAGUGGCCAUGAGGAAACCCUGGUGAAUCAUGCGUCUUGUCACUUCGCUCUGGCCAUGCUGAAAACAAACCUGACUGGUGGCAGGAGGACAGCAUGUUACUGUUGCCUUGUUUGCGUUUACAGUUUGACCUGCUAUUGUCUGAAGGGGUUUAGUUUCAGGGGUGGAGGGAGAGGAGGUCAAGAGGAGGAACAGGGAUAUCGCCUUGCUUGCAAAGACAAAGGAUGGACAAAGUGGAAGAUAUUCAAUAAAGCUGUGAUCUCUAAAACUGUCCAGUUACUCUUUCUUUGAAAGUGCUCUUGGGUUCAUUCUCUCCAACCUACGUGACACCUGUUGUGAUUAGUUUCUAAAACUGUUUGAGGACUUUGUUGACACUUAAACUCUGUUUGCUGCAGAAAUGUCUGUUACACUUGGCUAUAAGAAUGCAACGUGCUUCUUUCUGACGAAUCUUUACAUUUCCACCGAGAAAUAAAGGUGUCAGGAGAGUGACUUGACGGACUCUAUAUGUUAUACGUUGUAGAGAAGCCUGUGGUGUAUAAAAGCACAUUGCUC